GAUUGGACUCCUUCCCUAUAGUCUCCUUGAGAUCGACAAUAAACGAAAUUGUCUUGCUGUUUUUUCUGACGUCAAGAAAUUUUCGUCUUUCGUCACGAAAAAAAGAGUAAAUCUUGGUGAAACGGAUUGAUACAGAGUAGGGAUUUUUUUUUUGCUUUUUUGCGAUAAUUUCCGACUGAUUUCAACAGCAGCGGAGUUGUCGACAGAGAGAAAAAUAAAAAAUAAAAAAUGCCGCGAGGAAAAUUCGUUAAUCACAAGGGUCGUAAUCGCCAUUUCACCAGUCCUGAAGAAUUGGAGGAACAGAGACGACAGGAUGAAGAGAAACAAAAGUGGAGACAAUCAAAAGGGGGCGAAUCAACAAGCGAAGAUGAAGAAGAGGCCAGGAGUAGCGGCAACAAAGCCAAAAAGGCUGAAGAUUCAGAGUCUGGAAGCGACAGCGAAUCUGAAUCAGAAUCAGAAACUGAGGGAAAGGCAAAAGGAGUUGAAAAUUUGAUUGAAGUAGAAAAUCCGAACAGGGUACAAAAGAAAGUGAAAAAAAUGUCUCAAAUCAAUGAGAUUUUAGCCAAAUCUUCAAAACCCGAACUGUCACGAAGAGAAAGAGAACAGUUGGAGAAGCAACGAGCGUAUGCGAAUUAUCAAAAACUGCAUGCAGCAGGUAAAACGGAUGAGGCACGUGCAGAUUUGGCUCGAUUAGCAAUAAUAAAACAGCAAAGAGAAGAGGCUGCAAAAAAACGGGAAGAUGAUAAAAAACAAAAAGAUUUAGCGGCACAAAAGAAAACCGAACAGACUCAAAAGGCAUUGGGUAAACGAACUUGAAUCCACAAAUUUUGAUCACGGUGUCGAAUUAUUGAAAAAAGGAAGAAAUAUUAAAACUAAUAACUUGUAUACCGAUGAUGUUAUUACACUAAAACCCAAAUGGUUCUAUCUAUACUUUCUUAUCAAUAAAAGUUUCCAUCUAAACCAAAAUCAUCUUUUUCACUUAUGAUCAUUUUUGGUUUCGUUGAUAAUGAUUGUACAGAGAAAAUUUUUUCUGAUAGUAUUAGAGCUUAUUCGUUGAGAUACAACUAUACAUAUAUUUCAUUUUUCAAGUAUUCACUCAACAAAUAGAUCAAGUUUUUGUAGAUAAUUUGUAUUUGUGACACAAAAAUUGAAUAACAUACGAAAUUGUGAAUUUUUAAUUCAAAUUUUUGAUACAAAAGAAAUUUCAUUGCAUACUAGUGGAAACUUGAACGUUUUAAAUCAAAUUCAUAUGAGAUCUGUCCAAAUGUAUCUGUACACGUGAUGGGAUUUUAUCCAAAAAAAGCUCCAAGGAACCUUUUGGGCAGCUUCGAAAUGUUAAAAUAAAUGACACUCAAUAAUCUAUUUUUAUUGCUCAUAAGUCAUUUUCAUUUCAAUUAUGUAUAAUUUUAUAUCGAAACGAAAUACGAUACAAAAGGAACCUUGGUGAGGUUUUUUUAACUAUUGAAACAGUGUGUGAAUAAAUUUGAUUUAUUGUAUGGAA